GCGGAACUGAUGUUCUCGAUGUGCGAAAUUACCCGGACAACGGAGGUGUGGACAAGUGCAGCAGCCUGUAGUUAAUGCAGGCAUAAGUAAAUGUACCAGCAAAGAUCCUCUGUGUUUAAUAACAUGUCGCCUGUGUAGGGUUGUUAAAGAGAAGAUGACGUCAUGAAUUAUGUCUGAAGCUGCUGUAGAGGAGGUUUCAGUUUUAUCGGCCAUUUACUGCGGAGAGGGAGAGUUCCGGCUCCUCCAGCAGUCUGUGCAGGAUGGGCUCCUGGUCCAAAUCAACACCACUGUUCCAGGGGAGAGAGGGCUGAACCUGAGUCUGUUGUUCCACCUGCACCCCCAGUACCCUUCCUGCCCCCCCGACAUCUCUGUCUCCUCCACUGCUUUCUCCAGGAGCCAGUGUCACAGCAUCAGACAGAGGCUGCUGGACCGAGCUGCAGCCUUACCACCAGAGCCAAUGGUCCAUCAGCUGGUAGACUGGUUACAGCAGCAGAGUGAGGAGGUGACAGAGGGCUGCAGAGGAGCUGAGGAGGAGGUGAAAGACAGAGACGGAGAGGAGAGGUGGACCGCAGUGCUGUCGUUGGACCACAUCCGAUCUCGGAGUCGUUACAUCGGACUGCUGGAGCGCUGGAGCCAGCAGCUGCAGCUGCCUGGGAGGUUGUUACUGGGACAGAGUAUACUGGUUAUUCUGCAGGGAGCCAGAGCUGACAUCAAGGAGUUUUGCCGCCUGUUGAAGACAGUGAAGGUGGAUGUGGAUUCUUCAGGGAAGAAAUGCAAGGAGAGGAUGAUGAAGGUUCUCAUCGAAACCCCCUCGCAUUCCUCCUGUGGACAUGGGCUCCAGAGGUUUGUGGUGAAGGACUACCAGUCCUCAGCAGAGCUCACUGCAGUCUUCCAGGAGCUCCACAUGACGGAGCUGUACCAGCAGAUACUGCCAUCAUUAAGUGACUGACAGCACGCCACAGUUACCAUGAUGACUCAACCUGAACUGAGAAGAGCCUCAACAAAUACAGACCCAGCGAGCACAGACAGGAAGACCACCAAAAUAAACAUAAAUCACCACAGAGCUACAGCACAACAGAUACAAAGUGACUCUGGUGUGUAACACAGAAAAAAACAUGGCUGUCAUUACUGCUGAUGUUUGACUCACUGAUGGAAUGAGAGUGGAUCAUUAGACAUAUUUUUAUUGUUAUUUGUGGUUAUUGUACAGGCAAGGAUUGUACCAGUAAAGCUCAGCUGUCUCUGCUGAUGCACCUUUGCAAGUGACAGUUUACAUUCACAAGUCAAAGUUUGACAGAGCUUUUGGUGAUCAACACAGGUUUAUUCCCUGGAUGACAUUGUUGCUGGUUUAGUCUUGAGUUUUUAAUGUUCUGGAGACAAAGUUCAGAUUUGAAACUUACCAGGUUUUCAGUGGCUUUAAAAUACAUCUAGUAUAAUAAGUGCACAUAAUGUAAUGUCUACAGCAUCAAGCUUAUUGACAGUUUGACAUCUUAAAUAAAUACAAAUGAAGAAUAUUCCAUUUUCCCAGUGAUACUGGUCAGCAUUUAAAUAUUUAUUGUCGGCACCAAGCAACUUCUUCUUCUUUUUCUUCUCCUCCUCCCUCUCCUCCCUCUUCUCCUCUCCUCCUCCACCUCCUCCUCCUCCUCCUCUUCCAAAAAGGAAGCAGGACUCAUCAUUCUGCUCUUGAUCAUUAGUAGUUCUUUUAGCAUCAGUUCCAGCUGCAGGAAGAGCAGAGGGGAGAAAUUUCUAUUUCAUUUAUUUACUUUUUUUUUAACCUUUAUUCAUUUUCCAAAUGGUUCUAAACAAUUGCUGAUGUUGGUCACGGAGUUGACAGGUACAAUAAACCUCAGUCCAUGUCUUUUUAUCACAGGAGUCCAUCUGUAGAAAAGUCCAUUUGCAGCUGGGCUGUCAGACACUCCUCUGUGUGACUUGUUUUAGCCUUUGAGUUCACUGACUUAUGUUUUGUGACAAUACAAUACUUUCAUUCUCCUCUUUGAGUCUUUGUCUUUGAGCCUAUUUGUUUGCAGUAUAGGGCUGAGUUCAAGGCUGUUCCUCAGUCAUUCAAGUAAUUGUGCAUAAUGAUAACAGGCUGAAAAGACUGCACUGCAAAACACUGAAAACAUGUUAUUUUCUCUCUCUUUAUCUAAAAAAUAAUAUGAAAUUCUGUUGUCGGAUUUAGAAAAUGUUUAGCAGUAAUAUAGCAGUAAUAGGAAGGAAUAGUUCUUUCUACCAAUAUGCAGAAAGUAAUGUGUGUGUGUUGAUGGCACCAAAUCCCGACACCUUGACUAUCCUGUAGGGGUUCCACAAGGUUCUAUUCUUGGACCAAUAUUAUUUACACUUUAUAUCAAUGACUUACCUAAUGCAUGUGCAGACAUGAACAUAACAUGUAAUUUUUACAUGUGCUUAAGACAUUCCAGAGGCCUCCUUCCUUUUUACAUCUGGAAUGAGCCCUGUGCAGGACUGGCUCACUAAAUCUGGUUUCUUAUUGAAUACUAAAACAACGGUGUGUAUGAUAUUCACAAACUCUACUCUUCUAUCCUUUAAAAUUCAUGCUGAAAAGGUGUUAAACACCAUAAAAUUAAAUUUACAAAAUUUUAAGAGAAUCAGAUCAUUUCUCUCGGUUAAUGCUGCCAGAAUGUUCCUAGACUCAUGAUUUUAUUCAUUCCUGUUUAUAGACCAUUUAUUAUGUGUUAAAUCCUACUGUUUAAUCUACAUUGUAGCUCUUGUAAUCUUCUGCCAUAUCACACAAUCAGCAUCUAUAAAUGUCACACAUUUUCACUCACAAUUAAUACAGUGUUACACAUACACACAUAUAAAACAUACCCUCUUACGUGAGGUUGGAUGCCUAUACUCUUCAUUCUCAUCCACAGACACAUCAUCAUCAUGUGCUCAUCAUGUGUUCCCUAUAGAGAGGUGAAUGGAAAUGAUGGGUCAGAGAGUGGAGAAAUGAGAACACAGGUCCCAGACUGAUGUUGGGAUCACAGUAUGUGGUGGUGUGUCUUAAACAGCUAAGAUCUCUGUGUUAUGAAAGUUAAAAUGUUCCUCUGUAACUGAGUGUGGUUCAGAUUAUUAAUCCAACAUCAGAUUUCAAUCUAAACAUGAUGUCAGAUGGGAUUGGCUCCAUCCACACUUCUGUGAUAAUCUGUAUGGCUGAGUUUAUAUGAAGCAGCAGCGCUGAAAUAAAAAGCUUCAUCUGUGCAGUAACUCUAAAUGUCUAACAGAGGGAGCUGCAGUAAUGAUACCUGACAGUCCUGUUAGCAUAGUUCACUGAGCUGGUCUGUGAACUUUUACAGUAUAUUUGUGACAAUCACUGAUUCUCUUGUUUGAAUAAUUUGUCUGAUAUGUUUUCCUCCUCCUUCUCCUCUUGCUCCUUCUCCUGCUCCUCUUCAUUCCUUCAUGACACUGAGGUUCUUCACCUCUCCACACCUCUGCUAUAAAAAUAAAAUCC